GGGAAAAUAAGAAGAAAGGGGAAAGAAAAGGCGGCAUACUUUGACUACCUUCGGCCUUAAGCAAUUUCAAGGGAGGGAAUUUGUCCUCCAAAUCCUGCUGUAAAUCGUAAUUGGAUGACCCAUCAGUCGUCGUUCAUCCCGCAGAAAGUCCAAGGCGCACGAUGCUGCUCAGCUGCACCAGGAAAUGGGAACGGAUCGAAAACGCCGCAGCUUCUCAAGGUGGCAGUAAGCGGCUCAUUGACCUGCUCAGGCUCUUCUUUCUCAGCGAGGACAGAUACCCAUUUCUCUCUCUCUCCUGUUUGGAUGAUAAGUGGGGAUGAAGCCAUGAAGAUGGGGAUUGUGGAGGCGGCGCAUGAUAACCAAGAUGAGGUGAGUAAGGCUAGUGUGCGCCUGGGAGAGGAGUUGAGCAAAAGGAACUGGAAAGGGAAAGUGUACGCUGAGAUCAGGAAAGGACUGUAUCCAGAGUUUGUCAAAGCGGGUUCGAACCUGUAAGGGGAGGGGGAAUACACCACAAUAUGAUAAGAUGUCACUUGACCGAAAUGCUUGGUGUGAAAAAAAAAAAAAAAAGGAGAAAUGUUCUUGGUUUGCUUUGGAUAUCAAUGACUGAUUGUCGUGGUUGGAAUAAUGCACAAAUCACAAG